UGAGAAUCCAACUGUAGGAGAUCCAAGCAGCCAAAAGCACUGCAGGAGAUUAAAGAAGUCCGGAAACUGCGAAGGAAAUGACCCAAAGAACUGUCUCAAUAUCAGUCUUGCAACACUUCCCAUGAAUUGGAUACUAUGCAAUGAUAAAUUAUUGUCGCGGCAGUACGACAGCUUCAGUCUCAAGCAUUUCAAUCAGACCCAAGACCCUAAGUUAAACGAGAUACCAAGCCUUUUGCAAGGAGGAGGUUUCAUUCCUGUCAUUUUCCAAGGAAAAAAGGAUGGCUGCCACUCUAGGAAUUUUUUCCAUGUUUUUUUGCGUUAUGUUAUUUCCUACGUUGCAUGCUGACAUUGUGUAUACAGGGUCGAAUUCAUCAUCCUCACCCAUUGCCAACUUGACGUUGAAUCCUGGAAAACUAAAGCUGACCUGGGACAGCAGUCUCAAUGAUACUGAAUACAGGUGUUCUAUGCAUGUAGGCGAGAGUAAGCAAACUGAGAAAAAGGUGUACAAUAAAACCUGCACGUUUAGCAGAGCCAAUGCUAAUCCUAUACAUAAGGGGGCAUUAUUCAAAGUUCAAGCAAUGUACAACAACAUUUCAUAUUCAGCAGAAGCAAGAUUCAUUCCUCAAGGCAUGAAUGGAACAUCUGUUGAAAAUUUCUCCUGUGUGAUUUACAACAUUUCCUUCAUGAAUUGCACUUGGAAGGCUGGCAGGAAUGCUCCAGAAGAUACCCGAUAUUUUCUUUUCUUUCAAUACUCAAAGGAAGAAGAUGAACAAGAAUGUCCACGUUACAUAAGAGAUGCACUUGGAAGACCUAUCGCAUGCAGUUUUCAAAAUGUGACAGACAUUAAAGAGAAAGUUUACUUCCUGGUGAAUGGGUCGAGCAACGAAUCGGAGAUUCAGUUUUAUGAUGAGUACAUCACACUAUAUGAAAUAGAAAUACUCACUCCUCCAUUAAAUAUCACAGUAAACUGUUCUGAAGACCAAGCAGGGUGUAUAGUGCGAUGGAAACGGCCCCAGCCAAGCCACAUGGAAGGAAAUGUAGAUCACUGCUUUGAGUAUCAAAUUGACAUUCGAAAUAAGAAUGCUAUUGCCAAUCCCAAGGAAAGCAGCAAUAGGUGUCCUAUGGUAACAGAAACAAGCUGCACAUUUCAGAAUUACGUGAAAAAAAAGUACACCUUGCAAAUCAGAGCAAAGGGAGGUUUAUGUCUCGUAAGCCAGAAUUGGGGGGAAUGGAGUGAGCCCAUUGAGUUUGGUAACCCAGAAGAUGCAGUUCUUACGACUACAGUUGUUUUACUCCUCAUAGCAUUUGGAACAAUCCCAGUGGCACUGGUCAUAUUUUUUCUGUGCAAAAGAUACUGCAGUUUGAAAAAAAUGUUUUCUCCAGUUCCGCAACCAAAAAACAAAUUUCAUGAACUUUUCCAAAUAUCUGAUAAAAAUAUACAGGUAAGUUUUCUUUAUGUAAAAUUUGUUGAUUGUAAGGAUCUAUCACAGACUGGAAGGUCUGACACAAAAAGUCGAGGUUUGCAUUUCAAUUUAUAAACAUUAAGAGAGUUUGAUGUGAAUUCUUCUUUGCUGUUGUUCAGUGUUGUGUGCUGUUACACAAUUGUUCCAGCCCACUGGUCCUCCCAUUCUAAUGCUGAGUGACUAUUGAUACCGGUCAAUUACAGGUAAUUCUGACUAGUGUCACGUGACUAGGGCCAAAACAUAAAGAUAAUUCUUUUGCCAGCCCUGCUGGGUUGCUUCUUCAUACGGUCUUAACAUGCUUGAGUAAGGACUGCAGAACUCCCAUUCACAUUAAUUGGAGUUUUGCCUGAGUAAAAACUGUAAGAACCAAAGUGUUUCACCCUUCUACAAUCUAUUUGGGUUAAUAGAAAACUAGACAACAGAGAGAUGUUCACAGACUGAGAAUAACUUUAUUUUUCUUUACCAUGUCUGGGAGAAAAACAGAAGUUCAGUAUUCAAAUUACCUCCUUUACUUUUAUUCAGUUUGACAUGGUUAGUUGACAUUUAGCUCUUGACCAUCACGUCAAUAGUGUUGAAAUAAACAUGAUUGGCUUUUAGCUGGAAGAUAUGAAUGUAUUGUUUUCUCGAAACAUCUUUUACAUUGCAAAACAAUGUAAUGUUGAUUUUGCCUUUGAGGUAUCAUAAUACUGGUGUACCAAUGUUGUUUUCCUCUUAAUGAAAACUCUCUAAUAACCAAGAGGUGGGGUUAUAAAGAAAAAUUAAAGGGGAAAAAAUGAAAUAAUUCCAUUAAAUGCCUUUAACCAUUAAAUGAAUAAACUGAAGUCUCAAGUGGUAAAUCUCUAGUUAAUCUCAUGAAUGAUACUAAGGCAGAUUUUUUCCCCUUCCUUCAAUAGAGGGAAUGGAUGGAUCUACCACCCGCAAAAUAUGAAAUGGAAGAAAUAACUACUGUUGAAGAAAUUAAAUAACUUCUAAAAGCAAAAUGAAGCACUUGGAUUCCCCAACUCAAACAACUACAAAUCCUCAUGGCAAUUUUGUAUGUUUGCACACUCGCUCCCUUUCUCUCCCCUACAAAUGUUGCCUAACACUUACAUUAUAAGUCCCUUUUUUCAGUUUCUUAUAACUUUGUCAAAUUUGAAUCAUUUGGACAGAAGCUUUUCCAUGCUGCGUGUCUGCUUGAGGGUGAAUAUUCUUGGAGUGUUUAAAAAAAAAAACAAACAUUUCAGUCAUUUGUUAGAACAACUUUAGGGGGGAAAAAUGUUAUUUUGCCCGUAUUAAAAGACCUCUUACAACCUUUUCAUUGACAAUCUCUAGUACCUCCCUGCUUUGAAACCUGUGGAAAUUCAGCAGGGGUGUUGCUGUGGUGACAGGAAUGUGCUUUAUUCAUCCUUAAGAAUAUCAACCCAAAUUUGGCCAAGAUAUUAACCGUUGAAAAAUCAUGGUUCACACAUGCUAAGUAUAGACUUGUUAAAGAGUUUGGCAGCCAAACUUCUUUAGGUCCUCACAUCAGACUAUGUCUAAAUCUCGGUGAUUCUUUCUGCGUAACAUCUCUAAGAUACAUCUUUUUCUAUCCAUCCUCACAGCUAAAAUUCUAAUGCAGGCCCUCAUGAUCUUACGACUUGAUAAUUAUUUUUCUCUGGCAUUAAGAAAUGCAACCUUUACCCACUUUUAUCCAUUCAGAAUGCUGCUGCAAAGAUCAUUUACUUAGAUCCUAUCCCAUUUAUACUGCUGUUCACUCUUUUAGUUGUCCAAUCGCUGCUAACCUUUCUGGUGAAAACUGAAACAAAAAAGGCAUUUAAUACAUGGGCCAUUGCUGUGUUUUCUGUUAUUGUCUUUCCCUCCUCAUUGAAUAGUGGGCCUACCAUAGAAUCAUAGAAUAUUAGGGUUGGAAGAGACCUCAGGAGGUCAUCUAGUCCAAUCCCCUGCUCAAAGCAGGACCAACUCCAACUAAAUCACCUCAGCCUAGGCUUUAUCAAGCCAGGCCUUAAAAACCUCUAAGGAUGGAGAUUCCACCACCUCAGAUAACCCAUUCCAGUGCUUCACCACCCUCCUAGUGAAAUAGUGUUUCCUAAUAUCCAAUCUAGACCUCCCGCACUGCUACUUUAGAUCAUUGCUCCUUGUUCUGCCAUCUGCCACCACUGAGAACAGCCUUGCUCCAUCCUCUUUGGAACCCCACUCCAGGUAAUUGAAGGCUGCUAUCAAAUCCCCCCUCACUCUUCUCUUCUGCAGACUAAAUAAGCCUAGUUCCCUCAGCCUCUGCUUGUAAGUCAUGUGCUCCAGCCCCCUAAUCAUUUUCGUUGCCCUCCGCUGGACUCUCUACAAUUUGUCCACAUCCCUUCUGUAGUGCUGGGACCAAAACUGGACACAAUACUCUAGGUGUGGCCUCACCAGUGCCGAAUAGAGGGGAAUAAUCACUUCCCUCGCUCUGCUGGCAAUGCUCCUACUAAUACAGUCCAAUGUGCCAUUGGCCUUCUUGGCAACAAGGGCACACUGCUGACUCAUACCCGGCUUGACAAAGCCCUGGCUGGGAUGAUUUAGCUGGGAAUUGGUCCUGCUUUGAGCAGGGGGUUGGACUAGAUGACCUCUUGAGGUCCCUUCCAACUCUGAUAUUCUAUGAUUCUAUAAUUCUAUGAUUCUCAUCCACUGUAAUUCCCAGGUCCUUUUCUGCAGAACUGCUGCUUAGCCAGUUGGUCCCCAGCCUGUAGUGGUGCAUGGGAUUCUUCCUUCCUAAGUGCAGAACUCUGCACUUGUCCUUGCUGAACCUCAUCAGAUUUCUUUUGGCCCAAUCCAAUUUGUCUAGGUCACUCUGGACCCUAUCCCUACCUCCGCCAGUUUAGUGUCUACCUCUUCCGCCAGUUUAGUGUCAUCUGCAAACUUGCUGAGGGUGCAAUUGAUCCCAUCAUCCAGAUCAUUAAUAAAGAUGUUGAACAAAACCGGCCCCAGGACCAACCCCUGUUCUUGGUUUUUCUCUUGCUUCUAAUUUAUUUGUAAAAUGUUUUCUUGUUAUACUUUAUGUCCCUAGUUAGGCCAAGGAACAAAAUGAGAUUAAACUUUCUAAUUUUGUCCCUAUAUGCUUGUGUUGGGUUAUUUUAAUUGUAACCCUUCUGACAGGUGGAGCCGGCAGCAGCCAGGGCAGGGUUAAAUAUCUAGGGGUUCCUUUUCCACAAUACAACACAGAACCAGCUUGAGCCUCCACCCAAUAACAUGGGAAAAUUACACAUCACCCCGGGCUGCCUGAAAGACAAUACUUCUCCACUCGCAAGCACACAGUCUGAGAGUAGAAAAGAAACUUUUAAUGAAAGGAGAGAAGUCACUCAACAAUAAUUAGGCAAAAUGCCAGAAGCAGGAUUCAUAAACCUAAAACUGUGAGCAGGACACACACCCCUCCCCCCCAGAGUGCGUGGGGCAGCGUCUUCUGCCUCAUGUUCUACAACCAAAAGUUCCUUUACUGUGCCCCGCUCUGCUCCCUCACCAUAUCCCACUCACAGUAGUUGUCCUUGGUCAGUGAUGACCCAGGGUUCAGAGGAGCAUCUGUAUGAGUCCACCUCCCACCUGGCGAAAAAGACACCUGGCUUGCUCCGCCAUCUGAGCACUUGCUCUGGCUGGCCACGUUGCCAGCCGCUGCUCCUCACCACCUGGCCGCCCUGCCAGCUGCUGCUUUUUGUUGCCUCCCGCCCGGCAACUGCUCACCACUUUUGCCGGCCAACUGCUUUCCACUUUCACUGGUCACUCCUUCCGGCCGCCCAUCAGUCACCUUCUGCUGCCACUUGCCUUUCUACUGUGACCUCUGUAGAUCAGUCUCUUAGUGAUUUUUUUAAGCUCUCAGUAGGUUGGGCAGAAACACUGCUCUAACACAAGUGAUUUCAGCUCUCAUUGAGUACUUAGCAUAACAAAAGGCUCCUAAUGAAGCCUAUUUAGCUUGAUUUUUAAACACUGGGGAGGAACAAGUUAAACCAGACCAGGGACCCUUAAGGAGAGUCCACAUCUCCUGGCUGGGAUACCUAUCCCCACCCCUCUUAUUUUCACAAGGCUCUGGCAUUUGAGCACCUGGCUUAACGAGGUCCUUUCAGCUGAGGCUGACCCCCUCAUUUGGACCCUAAUCACAGUCCUGCUCCCCUUUAUUCAUACAAGGACAACAACAUCGAUAACAGCAUUUCAUUCCCCUGUAUUCACUACUAAAGUGAUUUGUAACCCAACAUCGGCCAAAGUUGAUCACUUUGAGCAACACCACACUAUCUGCUGGAUAUCUAAGCAGAGUAGGUGUGUUCGUACAAAUAGUUUGCUCCUGAAGUCUCUCUCUCCCAGCUGUCAGGGGAGAGUUCAUUCAGACCUUGCUUACAUCAUAUUCAUCCUUUGUAAUUAGGCCUAGUUUCCACUCUUUGUAUGACUCUUUUUCAAGUUUCAGGUCAUCAAAGAUCUCUUGGUUAAGCCUAAUAACUAGGUCAACAUACAGUAUUCAUAAAUUAUUAAAGUGGCUCUACUUCCAUCAGCCUUUUCCUGUAAGUUUCCUCCUAGCAGCUAGGAGACACUGUGGUGCCUGACACAGGAAUUGAGAGCAGGGAGACUCUCCUGUGCUCUCUCUGACAUCCAGGAGGAAUCAGCCUGAUUGGAAUGGAGAGGGGGCAGAGACAGGGUCCAGGAGGGGCUAGGCCAGGGCAGAGAGAGCCUGUACUGCAGCAGGGUUGAAAUGGGGCAGGCUUUGGAGGGAUGGGGAUAAGGAUUGAGACCAGCUGAAGGAGUGCAUUCUAAGGGCAGGGGCAGAUAGAAUAAAAAGGGAAAGUGUCUGUAACCACUAGAGAACACUCCCCCCACCCUCCCCGAGCCUGGACUAGAAUCAGAGAUUCUUGAGUCUGAUCAUUCUUCUGCUGACUAGCAAAUAUUUAUGAAACCCACUGGCAAAGUGUCUCAUCUCACUUUUGUGGCUGGUCCACAUAGAAAAUCACCACCAGCAACUGCUAUCAGUUACUCCACUGUAUUUUAAGCGGUAGAAAUCAGUGUUCUGGAUCUAAAGGUUACAGUCUUUGCUUAUAACCCAUGUAAAGGGUCUAUAUGGUUCCACACAAUUCAAUUUGUUAAGUUUAUUUUCAGUUUGUUUUUUUGGUUUUUGAAACCUAGGAAAUUCAUACAACUGUUAAAAGAAAAUUAACAUACAUUGCAAAGCAGUGCACUCAUAAAUAAGGAAAUGCCUGAAUAAAGGCUGCCUGUCAAACCUAAAUUUGACCCCUUGUGCAUAAGUAUUGUGAUAGUCUUUAAUGAUAUGAUCAUAUUCUAUAUUUUUCCCACAAGACCAGAGGUUCAUUUGGUGUGCAAGACCGAUGUUGCUCACUGAACUGAUGGCUAUUCAACAUUUUUUUUUAAAACUCAGUAUUAAACAUGUGCUUACAUCUGUUUCACAAACAUUAACACAUUUAUCUUCAUAACAGGUCAGUGAAGAAAGGUGGUAUUACUAGCCCCUUUACAUAAGUGCAACUGGAGAGCAGAAAAAAAAUAAGGCUAAAACGGUCACAUGUCCACUAAUUUUGGAUGCCCAACUUGAGAUAUCUAGGGCCUGAUUUUUCAGGGUGCAUGUCCUAUUCCCAUUAAACUGAGUUGGUAUAUACAUAACCAGGGUGGUAAAAAAAAAAAAAAGAUUCAUAAUGUCCAGUGAAACACAUCUGUGAAAAUUAAGAGGGAGGAAAGUAUUAAAUAUGCAUAUAAUUGAUAUAUUUAAAGGCCAGCUUUGUGAAGACUGGCUAGUUUUUAUACUUUUUGAAAUUUUCUAUUAUUUAGCAUGUACAGCUGAUCCAAAAGACUGAGUAAUGGCAGUAGUAGGUGAGUUCCAAUUAUAAACUCUUUUGGAGUGUACAUUUCUGAACCUCUCACUGCUGUCCAUUUUCCUAGGGCUAUUUUUUUUUUUUUUAAGUUUAAACUGUGAUUGGAUACAUUUGAAUAGAAAUUGGUUGUUGCAAUAAUACAGAAAACAAAAGUUUUUAAAUGUCUCAUUUAUUGUUUGAGUUCUAUGUUCCCAUACUGUAUAGUCACACAAAGCUGCUGUUGCUAAAUAUGAUAAAGAAUCAUAGAAAGCAUGAAAAGUGAUACAGGCUGUAAUUUACAGCAGAGAUGAAGCAGAUGCAAGUUCCAUCAACACUCCCUUAAAAAUUAGGUCCCCUCCUCUAGUUUGAGUAUAUAUAUAUAUAUAUAAUACAUAAAAAUAUAUAAUAUAUAAACAUUUCAAUACCAUUCCAAUCAUAGUGGCUGCUCCAGUGCUAGCAGCAGAUUUUGGUCUUUUCUUACUGUGGAGUGCUGACAAUUACUUAGUGUACCUUUUGUAUUCUCUCCACCUUCAUUACCAAUGGCCCCUAAUGGAGGCAACUAGGAUGGAUCCUGUUUACUUAUUAAAGCAGUUAAAAAGUCUUGACAUCUGAAACAGCAGCUUGAACUGAGAAACCAACACCACAGGAGCUGCCAGCUCUGCACAAACUAGUAUGAGAAAUAACACCAUUAAGUAUGUUCAAGAUAAGAACCAACAUACUUGCUAGCAGUAAUACCUACAGGAGUUAAUCAUGUUUGUUACUGGAAGAUGUACCAUGUAUCUAAGGAAUGUGAUUACAUUACAUAAAAACCUUAAAAUCAAUGGCUAACUGGUAAUGGAAGAAAUCCAGCUUUAACUCUGAGAAAUGUCUGUGAACCUCAAGCCUCCAGAGGAAAUAUCAUUAGCUAAAUCAUAGACCAAGUGGCCUGAGCAACUAGUGCCCAGGGUUAUACUAUAGGUUAUACCAGGGGUGGUCAAAAUACGGCCCAUGGGACAAAUCUGGCCCGUCUUAACAUUUCUGUCCGGCCCACCAGGCUCUUUGGCUGCAUCCUCGUGACCUCCAGGUCGCUAAAAGUCCCGUGGGAGUUGCGGGGCCAAUGCUUGCAGGCACCAGCAGCACACGGAGACCUGCUGCCCCCCUCCCACCAAGGGGCAUGCAGAGAUGUGCCAUGGUGCCAACAGCCAGCCACUUCCGGGAGCAGCGUGGGGCCACAGCCUGCAGGAAGCCUGCCUAAGCCCUGCUGCACUGCCAGCCGGGAGCCACCUGUAUAAGCACCUCCCAGCCAGAGCCUUCACUUCACACCCCCUUCCGAACCCCAACCCCAGGUCAGAACCCCCUCCUGCACCAAACUCCCUCCCAGAGCUCAAACCCCAACACUGCACCAGCCCAGAGCUCCCUCCUGCACCCAAACUCCCUCCCAGACCUGAACCUCUUCCAUUAACAUAGUAGAAAUGUGUGGCCCCUGAGGACAUAUCAAAAUUCAUGGAGUGGCCCCCCAUGAAAAUUAUUGCCCACCCCUGGGUUAUAUUAAUGGUUCCCAACCUUUUCCCAUUGGAGGAGUGCGCCUGUGUCUUAAAAGACCUCACACCAUACCACAACAUAUUUUUCCAUUUGUGAAGGGGGGGAAAAUGGUUGAGGCUUUUGGAGGUGGGGGAUGUUAUUUUCUUUUUCCUGUUUCCCUCCUAUGUUCUCUACUUCGCAAAGCAGGUUUUUUUUUUUGGGGGGGGGGGGUGAGGGAAGAGGGGAAUACAUCAGGCCUCUGUACAUCAUAAAAAUGUAAAAGGUCAACCCAUUUUAGAGCUGAUAAUAAAAAAGUAUGACUUUUCUCAGUAAGAGGAACAAAAAGAGGUUUCCAUGUUUAUCUUUAUUAUAUCGAUGCUGCCAAUUAUGAAAAGGAGUAUUUGCCUUCCACAACUGCCAAUUCAACUUGGGAUUGACAGCCAUAUAGGGUCUUUACUCCUCACACACUAUUGUCCCCAAUAAUAAAGAUCAUGCAGGUUCUAUUUUGCUUGUCACACAUGUAAGUUACGCCAUCAGUAAUAAUGCGCAACACAAAUUGCCUUUGGUGUAUUUGGACAAAUAUAAUUGACUAGUAAACCAUGCCAUUGAUGCAGAAAACACAGCUUUCCCCCAAAAAAGUUAUUUAUACUGUACUGAGAAAAACAAAAACUUGUUGUGUGAAUGACAAGACUAGAUAUCUGUGGACAAAUUGCUUAGCCCUGUGCUAAGUGCAGCAAAGAGAGAAGGCACAGCCUGGAUGACAAGGGGAACAAAUGAUCUAAAUUACUUCCGUGCUGUAGAGUGUUUUAUAGGGGCUGAACCAUUACAGCAAGAGGGGGCGAUUAAAGUACAGAUGGCUUAUGCUGGCCAUACACAGCUCCUCCACCAAGGAAAUUAAGUCUGCCUGUUACAGUUCUUUUAUAGCCUUUCCACUUCAAGUAUUCUACACAGUCCUUUAGAUUACUAUGGAAAUCAAGCGUCUCCCUCCCCUACAAAUGUUAUCCCAAAACAAAUUUAAGCUCAAUUUAAGUUUCACCUUCCUCUGAAGCAUUCAUUGAUCAAAACUAAUCCAAGGGCGAUACCAGAUACUAUGAACAUACAUAAGUGUUUUCAAGCAGUCAUUGCUUACCGGGAACAGUAAUGCCUUUACAGUGAAAUGUGGACAGGUCACCCAACUUAACACAUAUUUAGGUCUUGGUGAAAAGCUUGGUUAUUUAAAAACAAACACAUAAAAAACUAAUACUCCCUUGCCU